UAAGAUCAUGGACCAUUUUAACCAUAGAGACCGUUAUUAGAAGCCAAUUUUAGAUAUUAUAGAUAGAAGAUGGGGGAGCCAAAUGUCAUCUCCAUUGUAUUCAACUGCUUGCAUCCUUAACCCAGCUUGUUUAUUCACUUCUGUUGAUCCACCAGAAGCACUUACUAUGCAUAUGGUUGGAUUUAUGAAUGUCUUGGAAAGAAUUAUUCCAAAUAGAGAAGAACAGGACAAGAUCUCAACUUUGCUGAACUUCUAUACAAAAACUGAGGGGAUAUUCUCAAGGGAUAUCGUAAUAAGGCAUCGAACAAUGAAAUUACCCACUGACUGGUGGGCUGCCUAUGGAGUGGACCCGAACAGGAAGGAUCCAGCUCUAAAGAAGCUGGCUAUGAGGAUUCUUGGACUCACGUGCUCUGCCAGUGGUUGCGAGCACAAUUGGAGCACAUUCGUGUCGGUAAGUUUAGACUGUUUAGUAAUUGUAAACUUCAAUUUUUUAGUGUAAGGCCUAAGCUAAAUUAACUACCUAAAUAGCUAAUGUCAAAUGCGUUUUCUUUCAUGCAGAUUCAUACCAAGAAAAGGAAUCUCUUUAAGCCAAAAAAGCUCAAUAACUUAGUUUUCGUUCAAUACAAUCAGAAAUUACGAGAACGAUUCCAAACUAGGAAAGAAAAGCCUGGUUUCUUUGACCCUAUCGGCUUAGAUGAGUUGGAUGCAGAUAACGAGUGGCUCGUAGAGACGGAGGAACCGGUAUUUGCUGGAGAGGAACUGACAUGGACGCAAGUUGAAGAUGCUGCAUACGGAUUGACACCUGGUGAAAGUAGUACCACUAGAAGGUGAAGUAUGGGGGGAGCCAG